AACAAGAGUGCGGCGUGAACAUGGGGAAGCAAAAGAAAGCAAGAAAGUAUGCGACCAUGAAGCGAAUGCUUAGUCUCCGAGAUCAGAGGCUUAAAGAAAAGGAUAGAUUAAAACCUAAAAAGAAAGAAAAGAAAGAUCCCAGUGCACUCAAGGAAAGAGAAGUCCCCCAACAUCCUUCCUGCUUAUUCUUCCAAUAUAACACACAGCUGGGCCCACCUUACCACAUCCUGGUUGAUACCAACUUUAUCAACUUUUCCAUUAAAGCCAAACUUGACUUAGUACAGUCAAUGAUGGACUGUCUGUAUGCCAAGUGUAUCCCUUGUAUAACUGACUGUGUAAUGGCUGAAAUUGAGAAACUGGGACAAAAGUAUCGAGUGGCUCUAAGGAUUGCCAAGGAUCCGAGAUUUGAACGACUGCCAUGCACACACAAAGGAACCUAUGCAGAUGACUGCUUAGUACAGAGAGUAACUCAGCACAAGUGUUACAUUGUGGCCACAGUUGACCGGGACCUUAAACGAAGGAUCCGGAAGAUCCCUGGAGUUCCCAUCAUGUACAUUUCUAACCAUAGGUACAACAUUGAGCGGAUGCCAGAUGAUUAUGGAGCCCCUCGGUUCUAAUUCUUAAAAGAUCGUUUUUCUGUCUUCUUAUACCAACUUUUUCUGUUGCCAGUUCAUAUUAGCAAUAUGCUAUAGUAUGAAUUAUUCUUCUUACCCAUUUGCUCUGUUAUGAGCUGAGUAUGGUUAAAUAUAUUCAUUUUUUGAUGUUUUGAAAUCAGUAUUUUGUAUCAUUUUAAGUAUUGUUGCAUCUUUCUAUAAAUCAGAUGAUUGUUUAAUUUGA